AUUGCGCAUGCUUAGUCUGCCUCGCGCUCAAUGGCUUGUCAACAAAACAGUUUCGGCUGUACCGUGAAUAGACAACGCCGUGUGCAACAGUGUUUGCGCGUGUAAUCUCUCAUCUUUACAAUAAAAUUGAUAAAAUGUCUGCGGAACCAGCACAAGAGGCCGUGGAGCAAGUAUCCCAGGGGGUGAAGGACGUCAAGUUGGAGAAUGGGUCAGCACCAGGGGCAGCCAAUGGAACACCAACAAAGAACGAUGACAAUGCUAUACCUUUUAAGGAUAUCUUCAAAAUGUUCUCCAAAUUCGGCGACCCAAAAUCAGACGGAAAGCAAAUAACACUGUCACAGAGCGAUAAAUGGAUGAAACAGGCUAAAGUAAUCGACGGAAAGAAAAUUACAACAACCGACACAGCGAUCUAUUUCAAAAAACUUAAAUCUGUUAAAGUCGGCAUUGAAGACUACCAGAAAUUCCUCGAUGACCUGGCGAAGAAUAAGAAGGUUGAUAUCGAGGACAUAAAAAAGAAACUCACCACAUGUGGCCAGCCUGGUGUAUCAACCCAUUUACCAAAAUCACCAGCUGCAGCCGCGGCUGUAGAUAGGUUGACGGACACAACAAAGUACACUGGUUCCCACAAGCAACGAUUUGACGACACCGGCAAGGGUAAAGGUAUCGCUGGACGUAAGGAUCUUGUAGAUGGUUCGGGCUACGUUACGGGAUACCAACACAAGGACACGUAUGGCAAGGGCCAUUAGCUGCCCAGGUCUCUCUCAUCUAUUAAUCUAUUAGUGCUGACUGUUCCACUACAUUUUUUUUUAUAGAACAGGGGGCAAACGGGCAGGAGGCUCACCUGAUGUUAAGUGAUACAUUUUCGAUUUAUUUGUUUAUAGUGGCCUAUAAAUCGAAUUAAAUUAAAUCCAUCCCAACCCAUGGUGGAGUUCCGGGAUAGUUUACCUACCGUAAUAUAAAAUAUAACGAUAUUUUAAGCCUAGAGUUAAUUUGAUAUGUAAACUAUCCUCCGUUUCAGAAAUAAAAAACUCUCUAACGAACAGUAAGCACUGAUUAGUUUUUUUCUAAAUAGGUUUGUAAUGUAAGGAAAUAAUUUUUCAAGUUUGCACAAUACUUAUAAGUAUAAUAUUUCGAUGUUUUUUCAUAAACGAUUUUCAUUACAUGCAUAAUGGAUUGCGUUCUUCCAUUAAGUACAAGGUACCUGUAGAAUAUUUAAUUUAUAGUAGUAAUAGCAUUCCCGAAUUUUACAUUGACUAAUUUAAAAAAAUCAUUCUGAUAAAUCAGUAUCAUUACUCUUUUAACUCGAGCACUAAUCUAUCAUAUUAUUUAUAUUAUCAUGUACACCUUUAUAUUAUACAGUGAAACCUGGUUAAGUCGGACCUGGAUAAAUGAGAAAUCUAUAUUAUUGAGGAUUAAAAUGAAGUCCUGGCACUUUUCAUUGAAUCAACCAAGAUAAUGUUUACCACUAUAAAUGUUAAUUUCAUUGAGAUUCCUAUUAGUCAAAAAAGUUUGGCAAAAAAACUUUGGAGUGCUUUAGUUAAACACAGUAAUUAUACUGGUUUAGAUGUAAGAAUAAAGUGGUUUAAGUCCAAAUAAUAUUAUCUUUAUUAAUGUCCUUAGAGAUCUAGUCGAUAAAUUUCUAUAAUCUAUGACCCUUCCAUUUUAAUAAAAUUUGUCUAUUGUAUAUUUUUCUAAAUUGAAAAUCUUUAAUGUCAUUAAAGUACAAUUUUACGAUAUUAGCACUAAAAUGUACAAAAUAAAAUUUGUGUGAAAA